GUCAUGUUUCAUAAUCGUGCACGAGUAACACUUGUAAAUGGAAACCAAAUCCAAAAUAAAACGACAGCUAUUUUGGUUUAAAUUUAUCAUAAAAUGACUAGAAAAUAGAUUUCCGUCUAGGGUCAGAUAUUUUAAUGGUUACUUACAGUGUAUAAAUAUCACGACCAGCAUAAAAAGAAUCUUUUAAACAUACUGAAAGAAAACGUCAUUUAAAAGCUGACUUAAGUUACAGUAAAAGGCAGCUUGUGGGAUUAUAUAUAAAUACCAAAAAACGGUGCUUAUAUAUAGUUCGCUGGUAAGACUCUCUGUAAGAAUUUAUUACGUCCUGUUGUAAAGGCUGUUGUUUAUGUUUUGUUGCUGUUGUGUGGUACAGAAGAUGUGGAACACAGUGUUAUACGUAGUUUUAUUCUGUAGUGUGAGUGUUGCAGCAGCUGAAAACAUCAGCUUGUUUUACAACGAAGGUCAAUUGAAUCAAAGUUCGAUUUCGUCAUGCAUCGCAAUAUCCCAAGUGGUCACCUCAAGCUUACCCAACAUUGACCGCAUCCGAUGCUGCAAUGACACAGUUACCGUUUACAAUCGGAAUUGGUCGACUGGCCGAUUUUUCCUCACCACUUUCCUUCACGUCUUGGCAGCUUUAGAAUGCCCACAGUUCCAAAGUAUAUGCGAGAGAAAAACUUUCGUUUUCGAUCAUUUUUCUGCCCUGGUGUAUGAGCGAUAUUGCGACACAAAAAAUCUCGAGUCCUCAUGUACGGAAAUACUUAAUAAUACUAUAAGUGUCGCAAUGCCUCAUACUGCAGCUGUCCUACGACAAAACAGGAUACCAGUUUACACAGAACAACUAACUACAUUUGCUCCAGUUACAGGACCUUUAGCUACCCGACACCAUUCUCCUUCCUGGUUGAGAUUAGUUAAACAACUUGGAAAUACGAAUCUAACGCUUAAACAAAGUUUGCAGCCGUGUGUACAAGUCGCAACAUACGAAGCAGAAACAAAACUCGGUAACUUCAUGGAAAUUCUAACGUUUAGUAUUCCAACAUGCGGCGUGAUCUGGUGCGGGUUUAACAAACGUUUGGUCGAUCAUUUUGCGAUAUCGGCAUGGGAUUGCAUGCCAGAGAGAUGCAGACCGGCUGUUGUAUUUAUACUUUGGCUUUGUUUACUCCUUGCUGUGACAAUCUCUGCUUUAAACUCCACCAUUAUUCUGGUGUACGGGAUGAACCCUCGUCUCAGGAACAGCCAAGCUAUUUAUAAAAUAUCGCUGGCGGUUGCCGAUCUUAUAGCUGGUGUUAUAAUCCUGCCGACUGCAAUAAGCACACUGUACAGACAAAUAUGGACACCUUAUCAAAGUGGCAGCAUUGAAAAUGUUACAAUUGUUCAUCAGAACGUCACAUUCUCCACCUACAGAAGCGACCCAGUCUACCAACUAGAAAUCCAAUUUCCCUAUUCCUAUCGAUACUUUGUGGGAUUUUUCACUAGUCUUUCAUUCUCUGUUUCAAUUUACAUCUUGAAUAUUGCUGGGUUUGACCGCAUGAUGGCGGUAUACAAACCACUUCAUUACAAGAAAGAAGAUGCGCGGAUCUUGGCGACGAAAGCUUCAAUCGGUGUCUGGUUCGUUGCGUCAAUGUUUUCCCUGCUCCCAAUAUUUACAGAUAAGAUGAAUUAUGUUCCUGGUGUUUCCUUUUUAAUGCACAUGGAGGGGCAGAUUGGGACGGUCAUUUAUUUAACUGGUUUGUUACUUCCAGUCAUCAGUAUGUGGGUGAUCAGUAUUGCUACAUUUUGCUACGCAAGAAAACACAAGUUCCGUGAUCGCCAUUUAAGUGGUAACAGGAAUGACAAAGGUAGUUUAGAAGUACGUCUUGCUCGUACCUUGGUGAUCAUGGUUGGCAUGUUCAGCAUCAGCCUUCUACCGAUCGUUACCAUAAUUUGUUGCCAGAUGUUUCUACCAUCCAUUCAUAAUACGUCACCAAGGGAUUUUAACGUUGACGACGCAACAGCUUCCAACACAGCAGAGUUUUUUGGAACUUUAGUCCUCGUGUGCAACAGCUUGUGGAACUUCUUCAUUUAUAGCUAUCGUGACAAUAGAUUUAAAAAAGCGUUAAAAGUGUUGUUUAUACAAGGUUGUUGUGAUUGUAGAAUUGCUUCUUGGUGGGGCAGAAUAACAUCCAACAUUCGCCACACGCGUAAAAGACUUUCAAUGCCAAGUUUAACAUUCACAAGAACCAGCCAACACACACGAAAGAAAAGUUUGCCAACUGUUGAAUUAGUGCCGCUACCAAGUACCUCGCAAAACCCAAGUGAAUCCAACAACAGUUACCACUUGACCGGGUUCGACUCUUUUAAGAUUAACGUUCAAUCAGACAAGUUCCGGUUAUCCGUCCUAAAUCAUCUCAAUAUCCAUGAUGGCAGUAAAUAAAUAUUGUUCGCAAGAUUUAAAGCCCUAUGUCCUUCCAUAUUUUGACCCCUUUCGGCAGGAUGAUAUUCGCAUACUGUGGAUGGCUGGCAUGCUUUAUCACAGUAAAUGAAAGACAAACUACCAACGUGUGAAGUACUACAUAUACAAAACUAAAAAAUUCCAUUUCCACUUGUGUUAAUUUGUUUCCAGGUUUUGUUGUCUUAUUUUUACUUGUUGUUGGUUUUUGUAACAAUAUAUUCAACUAAAUAUAUCCCCAAAUAAUUUAUUAUGCUAAUAGAAGUGUCAUUGAAUAUAAGUUGGGGUGAUACGUCACCCUAG